GGAGGAGGAGGAGGAGGAGGGUAAGAGGAGAAUUAGAAAAAGGGGGCAUGUAGUUUCCUUCGCAUCUUCCCCUCGCCUCUCCGACCAGCCCAGUCCUCGGCAGAGCCUCACAGGGACAAAAACAAAACACGCUGUAUGACCGAGAGAGAGCAGAAGUUGUCUUGAGUUCGGAGAACAGCCGUCAAGUGUCAGCAUGGCCGGGGGCUCGGUGUCUGAGUGCAAGGAGUACUUGUUCAAAGUGCUGGUCAUCGGGGAAUUAGGCGUGGGCAAAACCAGCAUCAUCAAGCGAUACGUCCACCAGCUUUUCUCGCAGCACUACAGGGCGACGAUCGGGGUCGACUUUGCACUCAAAGUUAUCAACUGGGACAGCAAAACGCUGGUCAGGUUACAGCUGUGGGACAUCGCAGGCCAGGAGCGGUUUGGGAACAUGACGCGGGUGUACUACAAAGAGGCCGUGGGGGCCUUCGUGGUGUUCGACGUGACGAGAGGCUCCACGUUCGAGGCCGUGUCUAAGUGGAAGCACGACCUGGACAGCAAGGUGAAGCUGGCUAAUGGCAACCCCAUCCCCUCGGUGCUCCUCGCCAACAAAUGUGACCAGAAGAAGGAGAACUCCAACAACACAGCCCUAAUGGACAAUUUCUGCAAGGAGACCGGCUUCCUGGGCUGGUUUGAAACCUCGGCUAAGGACAACAUUAACGUGGACGAGGCGGCUCGAUUCCUGGUAGAGAACAUCUUGGCCAACGACAAAGGUUUGCCCUACGAGGAGAGCAAUGGAGACCGGAUCAAACUGGACCAGGAGACUGUGGCUGCUGAGAGCAAGCCAGGCUGCUGCUAACACUCAAUCCAUUCACAUUAAGCCAUCCGCCUCCCCUUGGCAGGGUCCAGUGAGUGCACCCCGCCUGUGGCUCCGGCUCUCUCUCUCUCUGCUGCAGCCUCGGAGGCGAAUAUGAAUUUUAUGGGUCUUCAAAAGCUCCAGGAACUUCUCUCUGCACUGAUGCCCGUUUGACCUGCACAUCCAAGUUUCUCAUAGCCCAGUUCUAUUUUGAUACUGCCUCAAAUGUUUUCUCUGCCUCUGCCAUGCCAUGCCAUGCUGUUUCAGGAUCUUUAGUGUUUGUCUCAUCACAUCUCGUCCGAUUGUGCGUUUCACCACCAACUACGAACACCACUGGGUUGCCCACACUUGAACUCUGCCGCUCUCUCCGUUGCCCCUGGCAACCUCUGAAGUUCCACACUAUGUAACACCUGAGAAGGUGUGUGGUGGGGGCAAACAAAGCAGAAAGUAAAGAAACACAGGCUCGAAUACUACCCGCGGCCUCUUAAUUGGUGUCUCCUUGGUGUUUUUUUUCUCUUCCACCUGUUUAUGUUGAGGUCACUUUAUUGCGUUGCACGCGUCUUUCUUCGGCUAACAUGCAUCAGUCUCUGACAUAUUCAUCUUACGCCCAUGUUUGUGUGUCCAUUCUAAUAUUAAGACUGUUUUGUAGAAAGUAAGCAAGUGGGCAUCACAGCUGAGCAAGUUUUACAGUGCUUGUUAAGAUUUCUUUGUGCCGUAUUGUCUCUGAUAUCAUGUGCCAUAACACUGUUUAUACUUCUUGUUUUAAUAAAAGGUUGGGUCACACUUUUCAUUGUUCAUAAAAUGAGGACACCGACGGACAGUGCAGUAUUUCGGAUAACCAGAAAGAACUCUAAUAAUGGUACUAUAUGAGAUCUGAUUUACAGGAUGUUUUUUUUUUUUUUUUUUUUUUUAAUUUGUUGGAUUCAUGUAUUAUACAACUGGUGAGAUAUCAUAAAAUUGAAUCAAGAAAAGUAUGGUGAUCUAAAAAAAAUGUUUACAUGUCACUUGUUACUCUUAAAUCUAUAAGACCAAAAUAGAAUAAACAUUUUAACAGA